AUGAAAAGGAAAACUCUGUUACUUGAAUCUGAUAUUAUACAAUAAAUAAAAAGUGCUUUCAAUCUCAAUCAAUUGGAAAUAACAGAACUUAUGACUUAAGCUAAAAGAUAUGAUCCUAAGGGAACUGGUUACGUUAGCAAAAAUGAGGUUGAUGAUAUUAUGAGAGAGUUGAAGUUGCUGACAAAUGAAAAAAUGAUUGCUAAAUUCAAGGAGGAAUUAAAGAAUUACGAUGGUAAAGUACUUGAUGUUAAACAAAUAUGUGAACUUUAUUGUAAAUUGAAGAAUUACUAAUAACAAUUAGAGGAUGAAGAAACAAUCACUUAGGAAUAUAUUGAUGCAUUUGUUGCCUUAGGAGGAUAACCUGAUAGAUCUGGUUAUGUAUAGAAACAAACUAUUAUCGAUAUCAUCCAAAAGGAAUUCGAGUUGAAAAUUGAUUUAGAAUCUUUCCUCGGAGAUUUCCAACUCACUCAGUUAGAAUUUGAGGACUUUUGCUAACUUUUUGAGAAUGCUGGAGAAGAUGCCAAAUCUUUUAUUACAAGUUUCUCUUCAGCCAGAAGAAAUAAUACUGAUUUUACCGUAAGAUUCAAAGAUUUUGAGAAAUGGGAGAAAACAGCUAUGUGA